CAGUCAAUGGGUAUUCCCCCAAAAUGCAAAUCAGCGUUGAGCGACGCGGAUAAUUUGGGUUGACCCACCACAGGAUUGAAUCCUAUAAUACAUUCCCGGAUGCCCCAGAUGUCUGUAUCUUCAAAUGGAGCUCAAUUCUUGUCCUGUAACAUUUUCACAGGCUUCCCAUGGAGAAGGGCAUAAUACUCUCUCCAGAAAACGCAAAUCUGAUUGUGCUUUUGGAGGACUGUACUAUGCCAUUACACCUUCCAACAAGAAAACCAAUGUGGUCGCAGAGCAAAUGAGGAGAAAUCGUAUGAAAUUUCUCUGUGCCAAAUUGCAGUCCCUUGUGCCCACUACCACUCCAAAGGUUGAUAGAUGUGGGUUGUAUGAGGAAGCCAGUAAUUACAUUAAAAAAUUGCAGCAAGAAGUAUUCCAUCUGAGGCAACAUAGAGACAAUCUCAGAGCAAAGGAACGCCAUGGGAAAACAAGGAAGGAAAGCAGAGAGGUUAAGGUGGAUGUGGGCAUUUUUGGCAGGGAAGUUGUGAUUACUGUUACCAGCAUAGCAAGGCCAAAAUGCUUUUGGAGAAUGAUUGAGGAGAUUGAACAACAUGGUGUAGAUGUAAACAUGUCACAACUUUCAACAAGUGAUUUCUUCGUGUUUCUCUACUUCCAUGCCAGCUUGAAAGACAGUGUGACAGAGCAUGACCCUGCUAAGUUACAGUCUUCUCUGGAAAGAAGGUUGUCUAUGGCCUAUUAAGCAUUUGUUAUAGUUUAUAGGACCACUUUCAUUUGGGAAAUGCUAACUUUGUACUGUAGUGGCUACCUCUAUUGUAUAGUAAAUCCUCAUAGACCAGAACUUAGAUUGCUCAUGGCUACCUAUACUGUGUAGAAGCAUUCAGAAUGAAUGCAAUCCCAUGAAACAUAAAUUUUAUACUUGUGAAUAGAUAAAGAGCUUUAUGUUUUCAAUUAUAAAAAGGUUCACUCUUUUCUGAAA